UUCAAGUGUUUUGACGUUUCAUUUGAUUUUACAUUUAAAUCACAAUUGGUUUGAAUUCAACGUUUAAUACGCGAAACGAGUCGAAGAAGUGAUGGUAGAAGAGGAAGACAAUGAAUGCCAAGAGUUGUGUCAAAAGUGGCAGCGAUUGGUAUUAAAACCACAAGUUUGUCUUAAUAUGGAUGAAGUGGUGCGCAAAUUGAUCAUAAGAAUUGACAUCAAGUCUCGCAGUCAAUGGUUUGCAAAGAUUAAUUGGGAAGCAUUGGAAUCGAUGGGCAAGAAGUUACCAAACAUUACAUCCAUUGAUAUUAACAUUAGUUCAGAAAAGACCAGAAAAGUGUUUAAAAGACUUAUGAAUUCAUACAAACACUCAAUGAUUGCAAUCAAUGUCCAGAUUAUGCCCACAAUUGUAUGGAUACACGGCUUCCAUCAAAACAAGUCUGUUGUCAUCGAUUGUCACCGAAAACAAUGA